AUCGUGUUCGAAAAAAUUGGAGUCCCUCAACUCAUCCGGCAAAUUAGAAUUAAAAAAGAGUAAGAAAAGCACACGAAACUCUGCACGAGCUCCGAAGAGUCAAGUGAGUGAGGAAAAUCCCGAGGACGAGUCCCAAAAAAACCCGAAGAAGAAGCGAAUUCGAUUCAAACGUCAAAAAGCCUAUCAAAAUCCUCCUGAGGACCAGCAGUCAGCUGUUCCCAACGAGCCCGCGGACUCUCUGAGGCUGUUUGGAGUUGGGAAACUGCCGAAGCCCCAGCAGAAAGCCAAACCCGACCCCAAGAAGAAGUUUCGAAGGAGUGGAAUCGUGGCAACAGCCACGAUCCACGUGUCGAAGAUAAAAAACAAGGCGAUUGUUGAGAAUUUCAGUGACAGCUCGAGCUCGGAGGACGCUCCAACGACCACCAGCACUCGCCCUCGCACGAAUAAGAAGAAGAAGAAGCCCUCAUUGCCCAAGAAACGAGCAUUAAGUGCUAAUUUUUUACUCAGUGAUAAAUCGUAA